AUGCCCAUGCUUAAGUGUCUGACUGGUGCUAGCAUAUACGUACUGACUGGACACCAAGAUAAUGCAGAGUUUGCUCUUGCAAUGUGCCCAACUGAGCCCUAUGUUCUUUCAGGAGGAAAGGACAAAACGGUGGUAUUGUGGAGUAUUGAAGACCAUAUAACAUCUGCUGCUACAGGUGGAUCAAUUAUCAAGCCAAACUCUAAAUCUGGCGAAGGCAAUGAUAAAACUGCUGAUAGCCCUUCUGUGGGACCACGAGGUAUCUACUGUGGGCAUGAGGAUACUGUUGAAGAUGUGACUUUCUGUCCAUCUAGCGCACAGGAGUUCUGUAGUGUUGGAGAUGAUUCUUGUCUCAUCUUAUGGGAUGCACGUGUUGGGUCUAGCCCUGUGGUUAAGGUUGAAAAGGCUCAUAAUGCUGAUCUUCAUUGUGUUGAUUGGAAUCCACAUGAUGAUAAUCUGAUCCUAACUGGGUCAGCAGAUAAUUCUGUUCGCAUGUUUGAUCGCCGCAAUCUCACCACUAAUGGAGUUGGGUCUCCCAUCCAUAAAUUUGAGGGUCACAAAGCUGCUGUUCUCUGUGUUCAGUGGUCUCCGGACAAAUCAUCUGUAUUUGGGAGUUCAGCUGAGGAUGGUCUCUUGAACAUUUGGGACUAUGAGAAGGUUGGUAAAAAGAUAGAGCGAUCUGGAAAAUCAAUUAAUUCUCCUCCAGGGUUGUUUUUCCAACAUGCAGGGCAUAGAGAUAAAGUAGUUGACUUUCAUUGGAAUGCAUUUGAUCCAUGGACAAUUGUUAGCGUGUCUGAUGACUGUGAAAGUACUGGUGGAGGGGGGACAUUGCAGAUAUGGCGCAUGAGUGAUUUAAUCUACAGACCAGAAGACGAGGUAUUGGCCGAGCUGGAGAAAUUCAAAUCUCAUGUGGUGGCUUGUGCUUCAAAGUCUGAAAAAUGA